AUCUUCAGCCAGUGCUGCCAAAUCUAUUCCAUGGCCUUUGUAAGAUUGUUCCAUUGUAUAUUCACAUCAUACCCAUAAAAGGCAUGGAUGCAUUAAUCCUCUUUUUUUCCCUCUCUGUGACCUUUGCUUUUGUGACUGUAAAUGAAUUUUGUUCAGUGUUAUUUCAAAGUUGGCAUGAGUCGUAAUCAGUCAUAAAAUGUAAAUUUCUUGAAAUUACUGCAAUCAUCAUUUGCAGUCAGUUCAAGAAAAGUGCUGUUUCACCGCAGGUAGCGGGCCGGCAAGUGCGGCAGUCGCCGCGGUUUUGGUCACCAUGGCGACGAUGACGUCCUUCAGCCGCGGAAAGAUUAUCCUGAAAGAGUAUGAGACGGUGGGCGCCGAAGCCUCCAACGUUCCGGGCUCCCACAGCGGCUGCGAUGAUAGUUGGCACGCGUGGUUCGACGAGUUCAAGCGGCGCUUCACCGUUUCCUUCGUGAAACUGACCGCCGACGAGGCCGAGUUUGAUCUUAUCGGCAUCGACGCUCCGAUCGCCAAUGCCUUCCGACGGAUCCUCAUCGCGGAGGUGCCCAGCAUGGCCAUCGAGAAGGUGCACAUUCACAACAACACCACCAUCCUGCAGGACGAGGUGCUGGCUCACCGGCUCGGGCUGAUCCCGUUGAAGGCGAACCCGCUGAUGUUCGAGUACAAAGGUGCCAGCGAGGACGCCGGCAAGCCCGAGGACACCCUUCAGUUUGAGCUGAAGGUCAAGUGCAAGGUGGACCCGAGUGCUCCGGGCGACGCCACAAACCCGUCCGAGAAGUACGUCAACUCGAACGUGUACUCGGGCAGCAUCAAGUUCUGUCCGUACGCCACACAGGAGGGCAUCUACACCGACGACCAGGUGGGCCCGGUGCACCAGGACAUCCUGAUCGCCAAGCUGCGGCCCGGCCACGAGCUGGACCUGAAGCUGCACGCAGUGAAAGGCAUCGGCCGGGACCACGCCAAGUUCUCGCCGGUGGCGACGGCCUUCUACCGGCUGCUGCCGGAGGUGACGCUGACGCGAACCGUGUGCGGCGAGCCUGCCGAGCGACUGCAGAGCUGCUUCAGUCCCGGCGUGAUCAAGCUGGAGAUGGACCAGAGCUCCGGCGAGAAGGUGGCGCGUGUCGGCGACGCCCGCUACGACAACUGCAGCCGCAACGUCUACCGGCACGACGACCUCAAGGAUGCCGUGGUGCUCAGCAAGGUCAAGGACCACUUCAUUUUCAGCAUCGAGUCGGUGGGCGCCCAGAGGCCCGAGGUGCUGUUCGCAGAGGCCGCCAAGGUGCUCCUUAGGAAAUGUGAAGUGUUUAUCAAUGCCCUCGAUGAAGCGUCCAAUAAAGCAAAGGAAUGAGUGAGUA